AUGGAUCGCUACGCUUUGCUCUGUCUAACUUGCACCGUGAUUUGCGUAUCAGCAUGGUCCCGGCCUUUCUACCCAGUCCACAGAGUUAAGGCACCGGCGAGGGUGACACGGUUUGCCCCGCAACCUCACGCACCUCAUCCACCUCGUCAUAGAGCACCUCCACCGAUCCCCCAAGAGGAGCCCAAAUGGCAAAGACCGAAGCGGGACCAUUACGAAGACCGCGACCACGAUUACGACCACCGCGGCACCAGCGGCGUUACGGGACCAGUUCAUACGUUCGUAAAGACCGACAAGAACGCUAACUACAAGUGGGGGGUCCGCCACCACGUGGGAAACAAAUACGCUUCGUAG